AUUGAGAAACAGUAAAAAGAAGGAAGUAAACACCAUAGAUCAACCACGGAGACUGGACAUGUGGUUUACUGGGGGCUACAUGGCCUCCGUGGUAAACACCUUAAAAAAAAAAUCCUCAUAGUUUAUCAAUAAACUUUUCAAACCUAAAUUUUUACCUACACUGCAAAAAAGCAACGAGACAACACGAGAAUCCUAUUAAGAAGAGUUUUAUGAAAGAGUUUAUGAAAUCUUAAUCGAUGAUAAGAGAUUGAGAAACUUUCCAAUCUCUAUGAACUGAACUUAUUAGGUAGGCCACCAUUUAUACGUCCGAAACGCGCUAUUAAAACUUUCCCUUUUCAUAACUUUCGCUAAUGGAAUAUUCUUUAGCGAUAAAAUUUUUAAACAGUACACACAUAUUGUCUCGACUCAGCUUGCAGGCUUGUAGCGUUAAAUAUAAACAAGGAAAAUGCACAUGGAAAGACUGCUGAAAUAUGUGCGAAUUCCGUAGAUUAUGUGUAUUAAGAGAAAUAUUUACGAUUGCUCCAACGCUAGUUUAGUGUUUUGAACAAUGCAUUAAUAUUAAAGAUAGAGAAAGGGUGGCAUGUAAGUGGAAUAAGUUGUUAUGAUCUGUGAUUGCUAUUGCCAAACUUGAUCAUAACAUGUGCACGAUAUUUUAAUUUUAUUUUCGGUAAAGAUUUUGAAAUGGAUGCAGAUACAACAGAAUCUCAGGAUUCAGAAGUUAGUGCUGGUAGUGGAACUUUUUCAUCAAAGUUAGGACUAUGUGAAGUGUGUACUAUUCGUAAUGGAAAAUACACUUGCCCAAGAUGUGAGGUGAAAACUUGUUCUUUAAAGUGUAAUAGAAUUCAUAAAUUAGAACUGGAAUGUAAUGGAGACAGAGAUCGUACAAAAUUUGUGCCUCUAAAUAAAUUUUCAAAUUUAGAUUUAGUUAGUGAUUAUAGACUAUUAGAAGAAAUUUCAAGGUCUUUGGAAGCAGCUAAAAAAAGUUUUAGAUCGAAGUGGCAUUUACAACGAACAUUAAUCAAGUUAAAAUACGAAGCUAAAUUAAGAAAAGUGGAUUUGAAGUUUUUACCAUCCCAAUUUACUAGACGUAAGAAUAAUACAACUAACUUUCAAUCAGCAACAGCUCAAAUCUUCUGGCACAUUGAAUGGAUAUUUGUGAAUGCUGAUAAUUUAAGACUUUAUGAUGAAAACGUUCCAGAAACUCAGAAACUUGGCGGCAUUCUUCAAAAAUAUUUUAUGCCUGAUAAUGAUAAAUUAUUGGCAGAAAAAUUACAGUAUUACCAAGCUGUGGGAAUACCCGGCGUUAAGUUAUUUUUGAAAGCUGAACAAAGAACCAUUAAAAAAUUCUAUGAACUUGAUAGUAGUAUGACAUUAAAAGAAUCUUUAGCGAAUAAGUUAAUCAUUGAAUAUCCUACAAUUCACGUAGUUCUCAAAGACCAUGGUUGUGGUUAUGAUGUUAUUGACUCGGAUGAUGAUGAAGAUAGUGCAACAAAUGAAAAAUCUGGAAAAGAAGUUAUAAACAAUAUAAUAAAUAGAUCGGAAAAUGAAGAAAUUAAUAGAUCUUCCAAAAAUCUAUUGUUCGUUUCAGAAUAUUCAGACGAUGGCGAUGACCAAUGAUUUAAAAAAUGAGAAUCUGAUAAGUCUUCAAAAGUUGUACAUAAUAUGGAAUCUGGCUACCACUGGAUAGAUGUUUGAAUAGCUUUUACUUUAAUAAUAUUUUUAAUGACAAUUAUAGCAACUGAAAAACAUAUAAAUAUUGAAAGUGUAAAUGAAUUGAUUUUUUUGCUUAUCGAAGGAAAUUAUGUUUUGAACUUUGGCAGCAGUGUGGCAUUGGUAUUGGUACAUUAAAUGAAGUACCAAAAAAGCAAAAUAACAUGUGAAUGAAAUUGAGAAAAUCUCACUUUUCUAAGUGGAUUAACCCAUUAACGCCGAGAAUUAUUUUUUCACUAUUAUCUGGAAUGAUUUUAAUAAUAAAACGUCCAAUUAA